AUGAAGAGCGAGAAGCAAAGAGGCUGUCUUUCUACAUCACCUGCAGCUGGGAAAAGCAACCCCUGCAUUCUUGUGGCAGCUUGUGUUGUUGGCGCUUCAUCUCCCUCUUUGGAGGGUCAGCUUCUGGAAGGACCUGUCGAUUUCUCUUUGGGCUGUCAGAAGGUGGAGGCAAAGAUGGGCUGGCAACAAUCUCUGCAAGAAUCAGAUGUGUCCAAAGUCCGCACCAUUUACCUCAAUGAACCCCUUAGGAACAGUUUCUGCAAAAACUCAAUCAGCACAGCCAAGUACAGCAUGUGGUCAUUCCUCCCUCGAUAUUUGUAUCUGCAGUUUAGCAAAGCUGCUAAUGCUUUCUUCCUGUUCAUUACUAUAUUGCAGCAAAUUCCAGAUGUGUCUCCAACGGGAAAAUAUACAACUCUCUUGCCUUUGAUGAUGAUUCUUAUGGUUUCAGGCAUCAAAGAGAUUGUAGAAGAUUAUAAACGACAUAUGGCAGACAAAUUAGUUAACACAAAGACCACAAUGGUGUUAAGAGAGAAUGCAUGGAAAAUGAUUAUGUGGAAAGAGGUAAAUGUGGGCGACAUUGUGAAGGCCUCAAAUGGACAGUUCCUUCCUGCAGACAUGGUUCUGAUUUCUUCUAGUGAACCUCAAGUAACCUGUUAUGUUGCAACCUCUAAUCUGGAUGGGGAGACAAAUCUAAAAAUACGGCAGGCUUUGUUAGAAACAGCUGAAAUGCAAACAGAAAAACAAUUGUCAAGCCUAUCAGGAAAAAUAGAAUGUGAAGGACCUAAUCGUCAUUUCAAUACCUUCAUUGGAACCUUGUAUCUAAAUGGUAAAAGCCCUGUUCCAAUUGGGCCUGAUCAGAUCUUGCUAAGAGGCACACAACUUAAAAAUACUCAGUGGAUCCUUGGCAUAGUUGUUUACACUGGAUUUGAAACCAAAUUCAUGCAGAAUUCUAUCAAAUUGCCUCUCAAGAGAUCAAAUGUUGAGAAGGUGACCAAUGUGCAGAUCCUGGUGUUGUUCCUGCUGCUCCUGGCCAUGUCCUUGGUGAGCUGUUUGGGAGUCAUACUCUGGAAUGACUGGUACGGAAAAGGCAUUUGGUACAUCAGAACAAAGGAUUACAGCUCCCACAGUUUAGGGUUUGACUUAUUGGUGUUCAUCAUCCUGUACCACAAUCUCAUCCCCAUUAGCCUGCUGGUCACUCUGGAAAUUGUGAAAUAUGUGCAGGCCAUGUUUAUAAACUGGGAUGAAGAUAUGCAUUAUAAAGGAAAUAAUGUCUAUGCCAUGGCCAGAACAUCCAAUCUUAAUGAAGAGCUUGGGCAGGUAAAAUACUUAUUUUCUGAUAAAACAGGAACCCUCACUUGCAAUAUUAUGACAUUUAAGAAGUGUACCAUUGCAGGUAUAAUUUAUGGGAAUUUUAGUUACAACAAAUCUUCUCUGUUCUUCCUCAGUCUGUCACCCUCUGUCAUCACAGAGUCCUGUGAAUUUAAUGACCCAAAAUUACUGCAGAACUUUGAAAAUGACCACCCCACGAAAGAUUAUAUAAAGGAAUUUCUUACCCUGUUAUGUGUGUGCCACACUGUUGUUCCUGAGAGAGACGGAAAGAAUAUAAUCUACCAGGCUUCCUCCCCAGAUGAAGCAGCUUUAGUGAAGGGAGUGAAGAAGCUUGGCUUUGUUUUUACUACAAGAACGCCAACCUCUGUCACCGUAGAAGCUAUGGGAGAAAACUUCACAUUUGAAAUUCUUAAUGUCCUGGAGUUUUCUAGUAAUAGAAAAAGGAUGUCUGUAAUUGUCCGAACUCCUACAGGAAAUCUCCGGCUCUACUGCAAAGGGGCUGAUACAGUGAUUUAUGAGAGACUUUCAGAAGAUUCUCGCUUUAUGAAGGAGACAUUAACCCACCUGGAAUAUUUUGCCAAAGAAGGGCUGAGAACUCUCUGUGUUGCUUAUGCAGAUUUAACUGAGGAAGAAUAUCAGCAGUGGUUGACGCAGUAUAAAAAAGCUAGUACAGUUAUCCAAGACAGAAUGCGGAGUUUGGAAGAAUGUUAUGAUAAUAUUGAAAAGAAAUUUCUGCUUCUUGGAGCCACAGCCAUUGAAGAUCACCUUCAAGCACGUGUUCCAGAAACGAUAACAACUUUACUGAAAGCAAACAUAAGAAUAUGGGUUUUGACAGGAGAUAAACGAGAAACUACAAUUAACAUAGCAUAUUCCUGUAAACUGAUAUCAGCUCACAUGCCUCAUAUUCAAUUGAAUUCAAACUCAUUUGAGGCAACACAACAAGCAGUUACUCAGAACUGUGAAGCUCUUGGAACCCGGAUAGGUAAAGAAAAUGACCUGGCCCUCAUCAUUGAUGGUGAAACACUGAAGUAUGCCCUCCAUUCUGAAAUUAAGAGGAGCUUUCUCAAUUUGGCCCUCUCAUGUAGAGCAGUAUUAUGCUGUAGGUUAUCUCCCCUCCAGAAGGCAGAAAUAGUGAACUUGGUUAAGAAGCAUGUAGGGGCCAUCACUCUUGCCAUUGGGGAUGGUGCUAAUGAUGUUGGGAUGAUCCAGAUGGCCCACGUGGGUGUGGGAAUCAGUGGGAAUGAGGGCGUGCUGGCCACCAACAACUCAGAUUAUUCCAUUGCACAGUUUAGCUACUUGGAGAAGCUUCUGUUGGUUCAUGGAGCUUGGAAUCAUUUUCGAGUGACGAAAUGCAUAUUGUAUUGUUUCUACAAAAAUGUAGUGUUAUACAUUAUUGAGCUUUGGUUUGCCUUUGUUAAUGGAUUUUCUGGGCAGAUUAUAUUUGAACAUUGGUGCAUAAGCUUGUACAAUGUG